CUCUUAAGUACAUCAACGGAAAGCCAGAAAGACAGAGGCUUCGUUUAGAAGUGGGAGGAGGUACACAGGUGGGAAAUGCACUAGGAUCAGCAACUUAUUUCGGGAUAAACAAGGUGGGGGUAGGGAAGGGGGCAAGAGUAAGGCGGAGUAUUAUUAACUGGCCUGGUGCACAAAGACAGGUUAGACUGGUUUCUCCCCCUCGCGAUCCUUACUUCUCCUUGCCUUUUGUAAAUCUAUACAAGUGGAAAGAAAGAGUCAGAAGUGUCCUUGGAAGGAAAGUAGCAAGGGUUCUCAGCACAUUUGAAAAUUAGCCACAGAAAGGAAUUCCAAGAUGCCACAGGAAGGCGAAUAUUAUGGAAAGCAUGGCGAGCCUAGGAAAUAUGAUCCUACAUUCAAGGGCCCACUCCAGAACAGGGGCUGCACAGACAUUGUGUGCUGCAUCCUCUUCAUUGUUGCCAUAUUAUGUUAUAUUGGAGUGGGAAUACUUGCUUGGUCACAAGGUGACCCCAGGAAGGUGAUCUAUCCCACAGACAGCCGUGGCCAGUUCUGCGGGCAGGCUGGCACCCCGCUUGAAAACAAGCCGCUGUUAUUCUACUUCAACAUCAUGAAGUGUGCCAGCCCCAUGGUGCUGCUGGAGUUCCAAUGUCCAACCACACAGAUAUGUGUGGAGAAGUGCCCUGAGAAGUUCAUGACAUUAAUCAAAGCUACUAACAACAGAAAAGACUUUGACUACUACAAGUCCUUCUGCAGGGAAGGUGUGACGAAUUCCAUGAGUACACCCGAAAUCCUCAAGUUAGGGCUGUGUCCUGCCAUGCUGACCCCUAGCAAGCCUUUCACCCGUAGGUGCUUCCCAGCUUUGGGCAAAAAAGGAGGAGUGAUCACUGUGGGGAACAAUUCCCACUUUGACGAUGGAACUGGAAAUAUGAGAGAUGCCAAGGAUCUUAUCGAUGGAGUGAAGAAUGCAACUGUGGCUAUUGAAGCUCGCCAGGUGGUCAUGAAAAUCUUUGAGGAUUACACCCAGUCUUGGUACUGGAUCCUGAUAGGUUUGGUUAUUGCAACGGUCCUCAGCCUGAUCUUCAUCGUCCUCCUGCGCUUCCUGGCAGGGAUCAUGGUCUGGGUCAUGGUAGCCUUGGUGAUAAUAGUGAUAGGAUACGGUAUCUUCCACUGCUACAUGGAGUACGCUGACCUGAAGGGCACUCCUGGUGCUGAUGUGACCCUGCAGGAUUUAGGCUUUCAGACAGACUUCGCAGUCUACCUUCAGAUCAGACAGACCUGGUUGGCCUUCAUGAUCAUUCUCGCCAUUGUAGAGGUUAUCAUCAUCCUGUUACUCAUCUUCCUCCGAAAAAGGAUCCUAAUUGCCAUUGCACUCAUCAAAGAAGCUAGCAAGGCAGUCGGACAUGUGAUGUGUUCCCUCCUCUACCCACUGUUCACUUUUCUCCUUCUGGCUAUCGUCAUCGCCUACUGGGCCACCACUGCUGUUUUCUUGUCUACUUCAAAUGAACCCAUCUACAAAGUAUUCAACGAGACAGCAUGUGAGCACUCAAGAAAAACGUGUGAUCCAGCUAACUAUACAACCACAAACAUGAAAGCGGAGUGCCCUGACUCUGAGUGCCUUUUUGCCUUCUACGGGGGAGAGACUGUUUACCACAAAUACCUGAUUGGCUUGCAGUUCUACAACGUCUUUCUUUUCUUUUGGUGUGCCAACUUUGUAACAGCGCUGGGGCAGAUGACAUUGGCUGGGGCCUUUGCCUCCUACUACUGGGCUUUUGUCAAGCCAGACGACAUGCCUUCCUUUCCUUUGUUUUCUUCACUCGGGAGAGCUCUCAGGUAUCACACAGGAACCCUGGCAUUUGGCUCCCUGAUCCUUUCAAUCAUCCAGAUCAUUAGAGUUCUCUUGGAGUAUUUGGACCAUAAACUUAAAGGAGCCCAUAAUAAGUGUACCAGGUUCCUCAUGUGCUGUCUCAAGUGCUGCUUUUGGUGCCUGGAGAAAUGCAUCAAAUUCUUGAACAGAAACGCCUACAUUAUGGUGGCAAUAUAUGGCAAAAACUUCUGCACUUCUGCUCGGGAUGCCUUCUUCCUGCUCAUGAGGAAUAUGAUCAGGGUGGCUGUGUUGGACAAAGUGACAGAUUUCCUCUUGUUUUUGGGCAAACUUCUCAUUGUUGGACUUGUGGGGGUCUUUGCUUUUUUCUUCUUCUCUGGGAAAGUGAAAGCUUUUGAAAACACUGCCCCUCAUCUCCACUACUACUGGGUACCCAUCCUGACUGUGGUGGUUGGCUCCUAUCUCAUCGCCCAUGGAUUCUUCAGUGUGUACGCUAUGUGUGUGGACACCCUUUUCCUCUGCUUCUGUGAAGACCUGGAGCGUAAUGAUGGUUCAGCUGCAAGGCCUUAUUACAUGUCCACUACGCUCCGUGACAUUCUCUGGGAGAACAAGGCGGAAGGGCCACCGUCUUCUGCUCAGCUACAGGAUGAAGAAAUCAGUGGGCAGCAACAGCAGACUAAAGAGGAGGACACUUCUUUAGUAGUCAGGAGUUCUGUUGUUAAAGAUGCAUAGUUUUUCGUUGACACGAAGAAGAGGGGUCUCUUUUUGAGCCUCUUGUCCCACAAGCAUGCUCAGAGGUGGCAAGUAUCCAAAAUGGGGAAGUUUAUUGAAAAUCAAGCUCGUCUUAAGAGGGCUGCAUACUGGUACUCAAGACACGUCUCCAAAUUACGUGUGUGGAAUGUCUCCAUUUUCCUGGAGUGUUCGGUGUUUUGGAAAUGUGGAAAUUGGUUGUAAUGUAUUCAAGAUGCUGGCCAGUAGCCAUUUGAAACCACUUAUGUGCCUAAUUUACUGAUAGUCAGAAGAAAUCUUUCAAUCUGAAGGUUUAGAAUUGGCAAUUAUAAGCCUUAAAAUUUGAUCUGCACUAACAAACGGUGACCUAGAAGCUUGUCUUGUACUGUCAGCAUUUCAGUUUUUACUGUGAAUCUAAAAAGUUGGAUGGGAACACCUUAUAACUUUUAACAUGUUUGCCAAUGUAUGUACUUGAUACAAUAAAGGAAAAAUAAUUGCAACAAGAUUCUAAGAUCCACUAUAUUUUGAGGUAAACCAAGAUUUGACCCGCUCAAACAAAGGUGUGGUUCUAAUAAUACCAGUGAAC